UCAAAGGACCAAGAAAAGACCAAGGAAAAGCUCAGAGUUCUUGUUCAGACAGUUCUGUAGCUUUAAAUAGUUUUGUUGAUUCUCCAAAUUCAAAGUGUUAUGUGGAAAAGGCUAAGAAUUAACUAAGCACUUAAAAAAUAAAAAUCUGUCUAAAUGUAGUGUGGUAUCUUGAGUUGGCCUUAGAAUAGAAAAAGAACAUUAGUGGGAAAACGGGUAAAAUCAGAAUAUAUAGUUUAGUUAAUAUUGUACUAAUGUUAAUUUCUCAGUUUUGACAAGAGUACUAUGGUUAUGUAGGAUGUUACUAUCAGAGAAAAACUGAGUGAUAUGGGAACUUUCUCUACUAUCUUUGCAACUUUUCUGUAAAUUUAAAAUUAUUUCAGAGACCCGUGAGAUGCGAGUAGGAGCAGUGUACAGGGUAGUUGUCUCUGAGGGGUGGCAAGGGAAAAGGAUUAACCAUGUCGUCUUUGAUCAGAAAGGUGAUCAGCACCGUGAAAGCCCCAGCGGCCAUUGGUCCCUACAGUCAGGCUGUGUUAGUCGACAGGACCAUUUACAUUUCAGGACAGCUAGGCAUGGAUCCUGCAAGUGGACAGCUUGUGCCAGGAGGGGUGGCAGAAGAGGCUAAACAAGCUCUUCCAAACAUGGGUGAAAUUCUGAAAGCAGCAGGCUGUGACUUCACGAAUGUGGUAAAAACAACUGUUUUGCUUGCUGACAUAAAUGACUUCGAUACUGUCAGUGACAUCUACAAACAAUAUUUCCAGAGUAGUUUUCCUGCACGAGCUGCUUACCAGGUUGCUGCUUUGCCCAAAGGAGGCCGUGUUGAGAUUGAAGCAGUAGCUGUCCAAGGACCUUGUGACAGCAUCACUCUAAGUUACUUAGUCUGGAAUUUUAAUAAUGUUUUUAAAUUAAUGUCUUAAUUUUUACAGUCUUUGUUGGAAAGUGUAAGGUUGACUGAAAUAUCUGAAGUUAUUAUGGAAAUACCAUAUAAUAAGGGGAAUUGAACAUGAGUUGAAGAUUAAUGAUGAAUCUAGUUACUGAAGUUAUAAAUUACACUUCUAUAAGACUCAUAUUACUGGAUGUGGGAAAAGAGACACACAUUACACAGUUACUCAGAAAAAUAAAAGUAAAGGGAAAUAACAUGUAGGAAAGAUGAGUUACUAUUCCUGAGAAAUAAUAAAGAGCACACCUAA